AGCAGGCUGGGAGUGGUUGGGUGUAUAAAAGACAACUCUUCUUCCUUCUUUCUGCAUUCGACUGCUCUCUCCCCUCUUCCUCACACCCAAGACUCUACCUGCACAGGAUGUCGUGGCAAGGUUAUAUUGAUAACUUGAAGACGCCCGACCAGAGCGGGACGUGCCCGGUGUCAGAGGCAGCCAUCUGUGGAAUCACAGCUGGGCAGGAGAGCGUUUGGGCCAGCUCACCCGGCAUCCAAGUCACGGUCGAUGAGAUCAAGAAGCUGGGUGCUAAUGACCGGUCGAGCUUCGCUCAGAAUGGCGUUCACAUCGGUGGAGUAAGGUGCCGGCUGAUCCGAGACCAGAUGGACGUUGACCCAGUCUUUGCGCUGGACCUGAAGACCUCAGCAGACGCCGAAGGAAACACAUUCAGCGUAUGUGUCGGAAAGGCAAAAACAGCGAUAGUCAUAGCCAAGGGCACGAAAGACGCCUCUGGUGGUCAGCUAUCCAGCAAGGUGUUCAAAAUCGUUGAGUACCUGAGAAAGGCUGGUUAUUAGGACAAGACAGUCACCUUCACCACAUGAGAUGGAUGCCACCUCCCGCCUCCCUUCCCCUACCCUCCUCCCUGUGUUUCUACAUCUGAGCUUCUUUAGUUUUUUUUUUUUUUUUAAGUCAUUUUCAAUCUUCAGGUGUGUUUCCUGCUGUAGAGAUGAAUCAGUGUUUUCAUUGGUCUAAGUUACCGUGUGGUAGCUUUUAACCUGAGAGUACACCUCAUGUUUAACGCAGGAACAUAGUGUUACCAUUAUUUUUCUACAGUGGCGAUUGACCAGCGUCCAAUCAGAGCUCUGUGAAAACUGAUUGCACACUUGAAUGAAAUAAAAACAAACAUGGUUAUACUUA